AAGAAGAAUUCAAAGGGCACAGCCGACCCUUAGGCUCUGCCUUGGCCGUUGUACCUUCUGGUACAACAUGGCAGUAAUGAAUUUCUUCACCACUGGCUUGAGGGAGCCGACUGGAAAGGCGGCGGGGAGUUUCAUAGCUAUUGGCUGAAAGUGCCGAGUGAAGAAAGAAGUAGCCUUUAGAAAAAAAAGUUAAUCCAAUCACAACAUCUCUGGAAGACUGACUUUCAGUUAGCACUGAAGCCAGCACUGGAAUUGAGGCACUAGAAAAAAGUAAUUACAAGAGAUGUAGCUACUGACCACAAAGCUUACCUGCCCCGUCCCACCUCAGGUGGCUAGUUUCUAGCUGGUUGACAGAGGAGUUGGAACAAAGACAUUUCAUACCUGUUGGGGUAAUAGUAGAAGAAGCCCAACAAGGAACCUCUGAGAUUUAGUACUUGGCAAGAGAAUAUCCAAGAUGCAGUGCCUGGCAAGAAGCAGUUGAGAUACAACAGAGACUGAUACUUAACAUGGGAUACAUCCAACAAAGAGUAACACAGUGGCACCAGUUGGAUACAGAAGCAGCUGAUGAAAACUUUUAACUACAGCAUCAGAGGUGAAACCUUUCAAUUAACUACUGCAUUGUUGUAUGGUAUGUUGAAAUAACACUGAAGUAUUGUUUAUACCUAUAAUUAAUUGAAUAGAGUAUUAAAAAGGAAAACAAAAUGGAUGACAACAUUUUAGAACAGUGGUGUACGGUUAUGCACCUUGAUUUACAUAGAGGAUUGCUUGUUAAAGGAGUGCCUCAUGACCUAACAGAUAAGGACAUUGAAAAUGUCUUACAUAAUGCAAUAGGUACUUUGGGAAAAUGUCAAGUACUGACCAAACGCCAUGAAGAUACAGACCUAACCUUGUCUGUUUUCUGCAAAUUAUCUGAACCAAUAGAUUAUUCUAAAAUCCCUAGUUCACUUACAGUAGGGGAGAAUACCUGGAAACUGGUCUCUAGACUCCCGACUGAAGAGGAAGAGAUAGAAAGUAAGCUCAAGACUGUCCUUCAAAGGGAAGGGCUAUCUGAAGAUGUUGUGAGGUAUGUGUAUGGAGGGAAGACAAGACCUGGAGAGAGUGAACAGGCUGAAUACCAGCCAGAACAAGAAUCUUACUCAGUCAAAUUACGAAGCUUCUCAGGGGAACAACCAUGUCCUCCUGGCGAGGAACCAUAUGACUCCUGGAUAGAACAUGCCAUUGAAACAAUAAAGCAAUGGAAAGUAAAUGACAAGGAAAAGCAGAAGAGACUAAUGGAAAGUCUCAGGGGACCUGCACUUGAUCUUAUACGUAUUUGGAAAUUACAAACCCCUGAUGCUACUGUGUUGGAAUGUCUGCAAAGGCUAGAUAAACAAUUUAGUAAUGGAGAGACUCCUCAACAAGCUUAUGUCCAGUUUCUUACAACCUUUCAGCGUGAGGGAGAGAAACCCUCGGAGUUUGUCCAGAGAGUAGACAAACUGCUACAGAGUUUAGUCAUCAAGGGAGCAGUGAAGCCCAGUGAAGUAGAUUUUGUUAGACUGGCCCAAGUAAGUUCUGGACUAUUAGAUAAUGGAGACCUACAAGUACAAAUGAUUAAACUAGAAAAAGAGAAACAGCGAAUUGGAUAUGAGAUGCUAAUGGAGACAGUGAAACUGUAUGAGAACAGACUCGAUUGUGGAGACAGAAACCUGCAAUACAGAGAAAUGGUUCCCAUAAUGCCUUCUCAGGUAUUGCCCAAAGAAAAGAAAAUGGAACAGAGCACCAGUCACGCAGGCAUGAAGACUCAUAAGAAAGCUGCUGAAGAAUGGAAUAGUGGUCAGUACCACUUUUCCCAGAAAAAAGGACUGUGGGGGCAGAGAGCAAACCAGCUUGAAGCUAGAACAUGGCCAAUAGAGCAAAGACAGAGAGGUCCCAUUAUAUUCUGCUCUAACUGUGGCCUAGAUGGACAUCUGAAUACAAGAUGCAUUCAAAAAACAAAUAAAGCAUUGGUUAAACAGAAGCUAAUGUCCAUCAGACUGCCUUCCGAAGAUAAAGAUGAUGGAUCUGGAGACAGAAGUGACCCCAAAUCCCAUAGAUCCUAAAACAGAACCCAUUGCCCAUCAUGCCUGGGAAUUUUUUCACAAAAGACUGUGCCAUCAGUGAAGUUGAACUCUGUUAUAAUCUGCCUUUCCUUGGGGUCCCAGGAUGAAAAAACAGGAGCAACUACAUGAAAAGGAAUUAGGAGGGUGUCUCAAAGACUUAAAUUUUGCUCCCAGGAGGUCACCUUACUGUUGAAAGAAUGACAGAAAUUGGAGCUGUGUGACAGAAUACUAUAUCAUUAUUAUAUCUAUAUUAUACCAACUGUAACACUACAUCCCAUACUGGAUACUUUACAUGAAGCAGUGGAUGCUACCUAUGGCAUUCACCCAGUGAUUAAGUUUAGUUAGUCAUAAUGUCCCAGAAGGUAAUAUUCAUAUCACCAGAUGAUGACCUGAACAUAUCAGACACUCCCUGUCUGAGUGUCUACAUUACCUGUUGUGUAUCCAAAUGUAACCUAGAUAUUAUGUUCAAUAUUGUUACUCUGUUUUAUUACAUUGUUAUGCUUCAUUGCUAUAUAAUAUGCAUGUUUUAUUAUAUGUGCCAACAUGCAAUGUUAUGAUUGUACUAUUGGGUUAUAUAUGCUAGGUGUUAAAUGUUACAAAGAAUUUCUAUUUUGUUUUAAAAGUGUGUACUGGCACAUAUUCUGCUUAGAAAUGGUUAUUAUUUAUACUUAUAUAGGACCAUAGAGAAAAGUUAAAAUAACUACAUAGAAACAUGUUCUUUCUGAUUUUUUGUGCCAUAAAUAAGUGUUACAAAUGUUAUUCAUAUCCCCAUGUAAUUUGCAAUGAAUACGCAAGUAUUUUGCUGCACCUUUUGUUUUUUCAUCAGGCCUCUCAGGAGAGAGGCUUUUAAACCACAGCAUCCCCCAGCAUAGGAUGGAUGAAGGAGUUAAUUAACAACUCAAAUGAAAUAUAGAUAUGUCUGCAGAGAAAUAACAGUGGAAAGCAGCUGAGAUAUAGAUUCUCGUAGGGACCAGUGAAAUUCAAUGUUUGGCAAAAAGCAGGUCUAAUAUAAUGACAGCUGCAGAGGUGUGAGUUGCUACUUCAUUCAUAUGAAUGGACAGACAUUCCACUUGCCAAUGUGUUGACAAGCCACACAUUUCCUAUGAAGGUCUCCCUCUCACCAAUGAGUCUACAAUAUUCAUAGGAGUGUAAGCUCAAAAUUUCUGGGGGGGAUAUUCUGUUCUUCAUUUACAUUGUUAUUUAAUUAAAAGUCUUUGUUACUUAUUUUGUGUUCUAGAACUCAUUGGUAAGAGUAAAGCACAUAAAUAGGGGCUUAUAAGCUCUAGUUUGAAGUGAAUUGUGAUCCACAAAAUGCCUGGGACCUACAACUUGGGGCUCAGAGUAAGGGAAAAUAUGUCUGUGGACCACACAGGAAUCUCCACUAUAAAAAUAGCUGAGGAGAAAAAAGGUUAGUUGUCCUGCUCUAGCUUGUGAACACAACAAAUGAUCAAGAGCACUUUAUUUCACAAGGUAGCCUGUUCUAUUGAUGGAGAACAAAACUCUUCCUUGUAUUAAUCCAAAAUCUGCUUAUACUCCUCAGUCCUAAUUCUGUCCUCUCGAACUAUACAAAAGAAAUGCAAUUCCCCUUUCAAAAAAAUAGUUUCCUAUAUUUAAGCUCAACUAUGAUAUUCUUCCUAAGUCUUCCAUAUCUAAGCUAAAAAUCUCUAGUUGUCUCAAAAUUAUCUAUGUGCCAUCUUGUUUGCUUCCCUCUGGCCCCAUCCAAGUGACAUCAAAAAUUCAACAUGGUAGGUGAAGAGUCCAGUAGAUGUUUAUCUCCAUUUGGGUAUUGUAUUUUUGUUAAUAAAGAAUAAGUUUCCAUUUGA